GCUCAUUGUCAGGAGAGUUGCAGUGCGAGCAGGAGGGAGAGAACACUUGUACAGGUACAACAGCAGCAGCUGCAGGAGCACCACCACCACAGCAUCACAGAAAACACACUCAACUGAGAGAAGAUGGAAACCGAUAGAGUGAGAUUCUCUCCAGGAAGAAGUCCUCCUCUGGGAGAUGAGCUCAGGCAACCGCCCCAGCACAGUUUCUACCUAAGUCCAACUCCGCUCUAUAUGAAACCCCCAAAGUUCUCCCCUCCCAGCUACCCCAGCAUCUCACCCUCCAGGGACGCCUACAGGAUGUUCAGCUCACCCGCUUUCUUUCCCUUACUUGGCUCUGGGUACGCUCCAAAGGAGGGAUCCCAAAAACGCAAAAGAACUCCUUUCAAAAUGGACGCCCCAGGAGGUGAAUCUCCUGACAGAGGCGAGGAGGAGGCAGGAGAGAGCGGCAGUAAGAAGGCAGUCGACCUCUCCCACAUCCCCUUGUCUUUCCCCCUUCGCCCCAUUCCUUCCCCAGCUCCAAAGCCCCACCCUGGCAUGAUCGAGCUCCACAGACUGCAGCUUCACCAGCGAUCGCCGGGUAUGACUCUACCUGUGCAGGUGAAACAGGAGCCUCUCAGUCCUUCCCCAGUUUGGCCUCCCUCUCCUCUCCUUUUCCAUCCUCCUUUCUUCCCACCUCUCCACCACAGCCUCCUCCCUUACCCCUUCUUCAUGCCCGGCCCUGUCAUGCACCUCUCCCCCGCUGCUUUCUACCCCAGAGAGGGCUUCCGACCCGGUCAUCGUACCCGGGACCGAGCUCCUCGAGGCGGGGCGACCAGCGCUGAGAAGCUCGGGUUGGACGUCCACGUGGAUGACAGCUACUAUGUGGAUGUCGGAGGCGACCAGAAGCGAUGGAAGUGUCGCAUGUGUGACAAGUCGUACACGUCCAAGUACAACCUGGUCACGCACAUCCUGGGCCACAAUGGCAUCAAGCCGCACGGAUGCCACCUGUGUGGGAAGCUCUUCAAGCAGCUGAGUCACCUGCACACUCACCUGCUCACGCAUCAGGGCAUGAGGCCCCACAAGUGCCAGGUGUGCCACAAGGCCUUCACCCAGACCAGCCACCUGAAGAGGCACAUGAUGCAGCACAGCGACGUGAAGCCAUACAGCUGCGGCGUGUGUGGCCGAGGCUUCGCUUACCCCAGCGAGCUGCGAGCCCACGAGCUGAAGCACGAGAAGGGUCAGGAGAACGUGUGCGUGGAGUGUGGUCUGGACUUUCCCACACUCGCUCAGCUGAAGAGGCACCUGACCGCCCACCGGGGACCCACCCUGUACAGGUGCGCAGAGUGCCAGAAGACUUUCCAGUAUCCCAGUCAGCUGCAGAACCACAUGAUGAAACACAAAGACAUCCGACCACACAUCUGCAGCGAGUGUGGGAUGGAGUUCAUCCAGUCGCACCACCUGAAACAGCACACUCUCACUCACAAAGGCGUGAAAGAGCAUAAGUGUCGCAUCUGUGGUCGUGAGUUUACCCUGUUGGCCAACAUGAAGCGCCACGUCCUCAUCCACACCAACAUUCGGGCCUACCAGUGCCACAUGUGCUUCAAGAGCUUCGUCCAAAAACAGACUCUCAAGGCUCACAUGAUCGUCCACUCGGACAUCAAGCCCUAUAAGUGCAAGCUUUGUGGAAAGGAGUUCAACAGGAUGCAUAAUCUGAUGGGCCACAUGCAUCUGCACUCAGACAGCAAACCCUUUAAAUGCCUUUACUGCCCGAGCAAGUUCACGCUGAAGGGAAACCUCACCAGACACAUGAAGGUCAAACAUGGCGUCAUGGACAGAGGGCUGAAUGAAAGAUUGUUUAGGCAAAGGGGCCGUUUCUGCCUGACCGCUCCGAUGGGCCUCCUCACCCACCUCAGCCAAGAGGAGCCGUUUGACCUUUCCCAGAAGCCGCCGGGCCUUCCCAGCCUCCGUCUCGCCCAGUCUGAUGGCGAGAGCGUCCCGGGGAGCUCGUGUCAGGAGGAGGAGGAUGAAGAUAGCUUGUACAGAAGGAGCCAGUACAGCCCGGAGGUGCACCAACACGAGGCUGCAGGCGAGGAGCAGUACAGCCCUAAGCUGGAGGAGAGAGGAGAGGGAUCUCCAGACGAGAAAAAGACAUAUCAGCAAAGUUUGACUCAUGACACUGGGGCUGCAGCAGAAGAACAAGAAGCAUCUGUGGAUCCCAGAGGUGGCCAGGUCCGACUCCUGCAGUCAGAAACCUCCUUAGACUCUGAUUCAGAGCCAGGUGAAGAGGAGGAGGAGGAGGAGGAGGAGGAGGAGGAGGAGGAGGAGGAGGAGGAGGAGGAGGAGGUGGAGGCGUACCACCAUGACGCACGCCACAGACAGUCGUAUGACUCAGAGAUGGAAGAUCUUCACCAAGAGUUAGAUGAGCCAGAGCAAAGAAAACAACAGUUCAAUGUGGCAGAGAGAAACCAGAGCAGUGUGAAGGCAGGUGAAUUUAUAAGCGCAGAGGAUGAAGAGGAGCAGAGAGAAUGAGGAAAAGAAGAGGAAGAAUUAGAGGAAGAUGCAGGUUUUGAGGGACGCUGAUGUUUUAGACAGGAUGUUUAGGAGACACUCCCCAUAGAGAGAGAGGAAAGUGAGUAGGUCUCUUAAUAUAACCUCAAAAAAUAAAGCUCUGAACUGGAAGGGAAAUGUGAACAUAUCAUGUUUAUUAACAGAGAAAAUAAGUGAAAUACAAAAGCUGUGAAUCAAACUGCAUGUAGAGAACAUAUCACGUAGCAGAAGGUUGAGUGGAACCUUGUGAUUAGGACGUAGCUUUCAAUGAAUAAAACGCAUUAAGAUAUUUAAUAUUGUUGUUUUUUACAAAUAUUUUUGCAGUGUUAACACAAAUACGCAAUUUUGAUUAAACUUUAACUUAAUUUGUAUGUAAAUAUGAGAUACUAAAAUCUAACGACUAGGUUUAUUUGGGGGGAAAUGAACUCAUCACAUUCUAUAUGACAAAGGUUGAUGAAAUAAACUGUGAUUUUAUUUUAUGUCUAACGUUUAGAUUUUUUUUCUACAUAACUUUGCUAGUUUUUGAGAAUGGCUGUGUUUUUAAUGUACGACAGUGAUGAUAAGUGAUUA